GCCGUGUCAUGCUGUACAUCCAUCCUAGUCCGGCCAUUAUCUAUGCCGUAGGCGAGCGAGGAGGAGCACAUCAUGGUUGAAGUUGGCAGGUCGGCGUCCUUGUUGUCCUUGCAGAAAUCGAGGAUUCCGCAUCUCGCUUUCUCUCUGCUUUCGAAAGGUGCAGGCGGGCAUUUGAGGUUUCCGCAAUCACAUCGACUAAGGCCAACUUGCUGCAAUGUACACGCUAGAUCGAAACAUGCGAGGCCUUACAGCUAUAGUUCCCGCAGGUUCGCCUCCGCAACUACUCCUCCACCUACCUCCCGACCUCAACGACCACUGCGCUCUACGUCUCGAACGCCGACUACAGUACAAAAUGCUCCUCCGACACCACCAUCACAAGGAAGCCUUUCGUCCAGAAGAACCAAUCGCUCCUUCAACAUGUAUUUCUACCCCGUCUGCGCCUUGGGCUUUGUGCUCUCAACCUACUUGAUGUACAUGUACCAGUCCUACCGCCGUGCUGUCAAGGAAUCCGAGCUUCUCGAUCUACCUCAGAACGCCGAUGUGUCGUCCCGGUGGAUGGACCUCUCGCGCAACUUUGACGACGAAGUCGACUUCUCCGAGAAAUUCAUGCUCUUGGGCCGCCGGCGGAAGGACCUCUGCCAGCAAGCAGUCGGAAAUGUUCUUGAAGUGUCUGCGGGCACAGGGCGGAAUCUGGACUAUUACAAUCUCGACCCAAUACGCACGCCGAGGGCCAAGAGGAUCAAGAGCUUGGUGUUUAACGAUCUAAGCGAGAUCAUGGUAUAUCAGGCGCAGAAGAAGUUCGACAAGUUGCAAGAAAACACCCUGCCUAUCGCGCAAUUCCGUGGACCGGUGCGGUUCGUGGUCGGGGACGCGAGUGACAAGAGACUGAUUGCCCGGCCGGAUGGCGGUUUUGAUACAAUCGUGCAGACUAUGGGGGUUUGCAGUAUGGCUAAUCCGGUAGCGUUCUUGAAACGGCUGGGCGAACUUGUAAGACAGCCUGGCGAGGAGAGCACGGGGUUGGAUAUGAAAGCUCUGGCGGAGGAGGAGAGUAACCGGAAUGACUAUGGUGCGGAAGAGGGCGAGCAGUCAGCCGGAAUGGACAAAGGGGGCAAGAUUCUCCUGCUUGAGCACGGCAGGUCGUACCACGAGUUUGUCAAUCGGUUCCUGGAUAACAAUGCGAAACUGCAUGCGCAUCGGUACGGGUGCUGGAACAACAAAGAUAUCGACCAGGUCAUCAAGGACAGUGGGUUGAUGAUCGAGAGUAAGAGGAGGUAUCAUCUCGGCACGACAUAUGAAUAUGUUCUCAGGCCGAAGCCGAGGCCGAAGGUGGUGGAGGCGGAGGAGGCUCAGAAGCCACGCGUUGAUGCGAGCAGCUCGAUUGAGACUGAGCCCGCGGCUGGAAAGAGGCAGUCAUCUUGGUGGAAACCUUGGUGAUGGUAUUAUUGAUACUGUGCGGGUGGCCGAACGAGGCUGGCUCGAGAUAGGGGUAUCAUGUCAUUGAUAAUGUGUACAGUAUGAAUAUAUGGAGACGAGGCAUAAUUCAGACUGCCGGUGUACUUCCAGUCGAUCUUCUGAUAACCCUGCGCGGAGCUACCAUGUUCCGUGGUGUGAGA